AUGGGAACUCUUUACAAUUACGUUGAAGAUGUCAUCGUACAAGGCAUGAACCUUUGGGCCCCAGCAGAUGUGAAACGUCGCAAAGUAGUUACCGAGGUAAAGAAAGAAAAUGUCAAACUUCACUGGAUAGAAGCUGGGCAAAGAAAUGACAGCAGAGAAAAUGAAGACAACAGGUCUGAAGACGAGCCGUGGUUGACUCGUUUGGGAAUGGACGACCAUUCUGCAAUGAGUUUCAUGGCCGGUGUUCUGCUCCCACCAUCUUUUGGAGGAGCCUGGCAAUACGUGGCCGAUUCAGUAACUGAAUCUUUCCUACUUGACUCCAAAAUGGUAAUUCAUUGCUAUCGUUCCAAUAAGAAAGUCCAAGUUAGUCCAAAUGGACUAGAAAUUGUCUGCCGGCCCAAAAAACUGAUCGAGUCCAAGGCCACUCAUGUCGUCGUGGGCCUCAUUUACGGUCAAGAAUCUUUUUGUAUUUUCUCUCGCCAACAAAACCCAAAUUCACAAAUUGAGGCGAUCGACGACGAAAGAAUGAAAAACUAUGCCAACUUAUUUCGCGAAGGUCUCUCGGUUGACCAAAGUCUACAAGAGUUGGAAGAAGAAUGUAACGAGGACGGCGAUGGCCGUCCCUUUUUCCAAACGGAUUUGAACUGUACUCUUUAUACACACACGAAAGGUGGAAGAAACGGGACAUUGAAGCCCGUUGCCGAGCAAUACGAAGCUUGCAGAAAGAUGCUGUACGAGGAAGGCCAGGCUGUCCCGCUGAGAGUAUUGCUUUACCCACUUAACAAGCUACUGCCGAACGAGGCAGGUAUCAUCAAAAUGCCGGAGAAUCGGACGGGCAAGUCUCGAGAAAAUGAAAUCGGCAUUUCCCACGACGUUGUAAUUCGCUGCCAGAAGAUGUGGAACCGUUUGAAACGUGUUCGUUUAGAAACGGACUCGAUAAUGGCGGAGCUAAACAACCAAUGGAUACCGAAAACCGUUCUGAAAAACGCGCAAGAUUUUAGCCAGUGUUUCAAGACAUUCACAUUGGCUUUAAAGAAGGAUUGGUAUGAACUAAUCCUUUACAUCCGAAGAGGCUGUCGCUCAGCAAAAGAAGAAAAUGUUAUCGAAAUAAUUGAAAUUAUCGAAAGCAAAUCGCCGUUCGUCGCGAAAGAAUUCGAACAUUGGCUUAAUUAUCAAAAAAAAAACAAUCAAGACUUUUGA